UGUUCCAAAACUUUCUUGAUUGGCUGGUUGAAAAUCGUCCUCCGGCCCUUGUUAAACGCCGGAUUCGGAAUCUACACUCACCAACAGCAGAAAGAUCUUCGAUUCGCUUUUCAUCAAGAAAAAAAAAGGUCAAAUUGAUUCACAAGUGGCCCCACGAGCUCGUGACCAUAUUUUUCUCUACACACGAUAGUAAAAAGGAAGAAAGACUGAUGCGCUCGGCGGCCCGCCGGUGAUGAACGUAUAUCCUAUCAAAAUCUGAAGGUAUCUAAAUACAAUAUCAGAUGUUGGUACCGAAGAGAGAGAGAGUCGUGGCGCUCUACUGCUGCGUCCGGAUCUCGAUUGUAAAUCAGAAAAACGUAUAUAAUAACAAUUUUUUGGUUUUUUCGAAUUUUGGUUCGAGGGAUUGCGACGAGUUUGUGUGUCAUCUGCUGGCGGACCCCAAAAAAAAACAUUUCACGGGACUUGAUUAACGCGCGUAUCUAGCUGCUGGGAAUCGCCGUCAAAUGAUGACAAGCUGCUGCUCUUGGGUCCCGACGUCGUUGGUGGCCAUUUUGAUUCUCCUGACCAGCAACCAAGCAUCCUGUCAAGAUGCGGAUCCGUGCGAUGAUCAUCAGGUGCUGGACGACUUCCGCCGCAGUCCGCUCUACCAACCGCAGACGCCCCGCGACGUCCUGUGCGACCGCCAACUAAAUGUCGGGUGGUACCGCUUCACCAUUCAGAACCGGUCGGCCGAGAUGCCGACCCGCUGCGCUUCGGUCAACUAUUGCGGAACUCAGGCGCCGAUUUGGCUGCGAUUGGACGACGGCCAACGCCUUCCCGAAGCCUUGCAGCAGGUCCAGCUGACAGCCUGCUCUUCGUGGAGUCGCCACCAUUACGACGAGGAGGACGACAGCGGCCCAGUUUCUGAAUACGCCGACUGCUGCGCCAUGAAAUAUCCCGUUUCCGUCCGCAAUUGCUCCGGCUAUUUCGUCUACCGACUCCAGCCGACCGAGGCUUGCAAUAUGGCUUAUUGCGCUCAACUUCCACCCGCCAGCGGAGAUCAAGUCUUCACCUUUGACCGAUCGCCUGAAAUUCACGCUAGCGCUGAGACACUCAACUGCUCCAUCGCCUUCAACUCCUCCUCACGUCACGAAUCCCGAAAAUUUCGCUUCCACUGGAUCGUUUUGUCCGGCACGGGGCAGCAGACGACCGCCCAGACGUCAGCUGAAAAACCGGAGCAUUACGACCUCCUACCACGCCAGAAAAUCACCGCCGGCCAUCAGGUGAUGUGCCAAGUGGAGGUUAUCGUGAAUGAACCGGGCAGUCCAAUGACGUUGAUGAGCAAUCCGUCUGUGACGAGCGCCGUUUUCACAGCCGGAAUCGUCAUCAGCCCGAGCCUGGAUGAUGUCGUCAGGGUCUACAAGAACGGCAGCUUUGUCAAUGUCACGCUGACGAUGACCGUCCCGUUCACCUGCGCCUCCCACAUUAGCCAACACGACUGUCACCUGACUGUCCAAGUGGUCCAACCGGACGACGGCCAAUCUCAACCGGUGGCCAUUUCGCAGUGCCAGUUGUCGAUGGACUCGACGGCCCGACAAGAAUCUCAACAUUUUCUCGUCGUUCCCGUUACGGAUUUCGUGCGAACCAACUCGCCCAAACGCCCAACCGUUCUCCAGCUGGUUGUCAGCAGCUACGGUGACGCCUGGUGGCAUGGAUAUCAAUUACCCAACAUUACCAUUCAGGUUUUGGACGUUCCGCCCGUUCAAUGUUACGCAUUCACUCAAGGGCACGUGAUAAGCGUGACGGAUUCGCUGGAUAAAGUGGCCCAAUCGGGUCGUUAUUUACUUUACAAAAAUCGCCGACAAUCAUUUGAGGUUUGGACGGAAUAUCAGCCGUGCUAUUCCGGUCGGAAGGAUGCUUUGUGCAUCUGUUCGGCUGAAGUUCGUUCUUCAUCCGGCGAUGAGACUUUCUUGAUGGACCGUUGCCAGUCGGUGCAGCCGAAACGAACUUCCAGUAACCCUUAUCAAAUGCUCGGUGGGAAGCGACCUCUGCCGAAAAUGUCUUUGACUGGAACCGUUCCUAACAGCCGGAAAGAGAAAUUUAAGGUCCUGGAAUCUCGACAAGGAAAACUCAUAACGGUGGUGCUGGAACACGGAGGAAAAGUCCGCAUCCGGACGGAGGAGUGGGGAAUGUCUGUGUCGGUUGUGGACGCUGGCCAAGAGCCUGAAGAAUUAAUUGACACAAUUAGUGGACUCUGCAACCCCGACAACAGCAUCCGCUUCACGGAUUCCAUUGAAACGAAGCAGAAAUCAUUCCCAAUAUCACUUCCGGAUGAGUUUUGUGCUUGCAGACCAUUUGAGGACGCCUAUCUCUCGAACGCAGUGGUCAACAACAAUCUAAAAUGCGAUCCUACCCUGGAAGAUUGCCCAUCCACCUGCCAACAGCCGCAGUCGGUCGUCGAGUGGACUACUUUUUUCAACUACCUGGACAUUAGCGAUCAAGUCCGCCUGGAAGUUGAUGACGACACAAUCAACAGUUUCAACCUGAUUGACACUCCGCAAAGGGAUUCGGCUUCCGUGGAGGAAAACGAUGGCCGGAUUCAGCAACAUCCGCCAGCAGUCGAUCUCACCUGGUCCUCCUCCAAGAGUUCCAGUAGCAGCGGCGGCACCAAUCUUGGAAGGGAUAUUCACUGGACAGUAGCUCACGGCCGAAUCCGUCGAGAUGCUUCAAUUAAAUUGGGCGGCGGUCUUGAUUCCUGGAACGACGAAGAAGAGGUCACCCUUUACUGUUCCAAUUUCCUGGUCAACUCGACAGUGGCACUCGAAUGCGGCCAAUACCUCGUCGGCAAUUUCAUCAUGAAAGCCAUCCAGAUUUGCGUGGAAGAUGUAAGCCGCAACGAGGACCCCACUUGGGCUCAGGAGUCGCUGGGUCUAUUGGAGGAUCAAUGUGAAGUGGAAGCCACUUAUCGGCGAGCUUCCGACUGGCCACGAAAUCUUCUUGGGCGACCUGUCAUUCCGCCAGUCAUCGUCGAGGCUCUAAACUGUCCCAACCGCUGCUCUCAUCAAGGUGUCUGUCUACCGUACGGGUGCGUUUGUCAGCCAGGGUUUUACGGAAGCGAUUGCAGUCUGAUGGAUGACACUCCUCCGAGAGUUGAGAAAAUUGGCAGUGGCGACGGACUGUGCGAUCUCCGAGCCAGCGACUGCCGGAAAAUCGAAAUCUUUGGCAGUGGAUUCAUUGAUUCGUCGCGUUUAAACUGUCAGAUUCAACCGGGUCGCUACGACGGGUCCAGUUGGCAACGGAGCAGUUACAACAACCGCUCUAUCCCAUCGUCUGCCCAGUUUAUCGAUCACGAUCGGAUUAUUUGCCACUUGCUGGUGAGCGGGUCGAACCGUCGCUACGUGCUGGACGAUGUCAGCGAGGAGUUGCACCUGGAAAUUCGCGUCAGCAACGACGGGCUCCGUUACAGCGCCCCGAGUAGCAAACUGACCGUCUACCACUCGGGUUGCCGGUCGUGUCCAGCCAAGAAAGAUAGCUGGCCUUUAUGUGGUGACCGGGAAGACGUCUGCUACCUGGACAAUUCUUGCUAUCCGGACGGUGAAGUCAAUCCGCACAACGCCUGUCAGAGCUGCGAUCUGGAUCACCCUCAAUCGUGGAGCAUUAAUCCCAACAACCAACCGCCGGUCGUUUCAAACCGUCUGAAAACGACAGCCUAUGACGGACAGAUGCUCGAGUAUGUCAUCCACGCCACCGAUAUAGAUCCGCUUCAUUUCCGGCUGGUGGAUCCGCUCUCGGAUGCCCAAGUGACCAAAGAAGGAGUUUUCCGCUGGAAGGCCGUCUCCAACGCACUGUCGCCGUUCAACCACGAAACGUUCGCUCUCACCGUUUCCGACCAGUGUAAUCAUCCAGUUCAUUUCCACCUGCACGUCGAUGUCCUGCCCUGUCCCUGUCUCAAUGGAGGUGCCUGUCGCAAUCCACCCGACGACUUUAUCACCUCCAAUCAAAUCGAUCCCACCUAUCGCUGCCAAUGUCGGGAGGGAUUUACUGGGCCCGACUGUGGCAUUCGAAUCGAUUUCUGCGAUCCCAAUCCUUGCCGUGAUGGACUGUGCCUCAACGAAGUCGACGGCUACGUUUGCGACUGUUUGCCCGGUUUUAAAGGCCCCCACUGCGACCAAACGGAUGAUUCCGCCAUUGAAAAUGAUUUGUCGCCAGUUUUUUCCAAACCAAACGAAACUUCUAUCAAACAAGAUGGAUGCACCAUUCCUUGUCGCAACGGAGGAAAGUGUCUGAGACGGAAUCGUUGCCUAUGCCCCGAAGGCUUUGUAGGACGACAGUGCCAGUGGAAUGCACCGACUUGCCAUCCGAGUUGCCUCAACGGUGGACACUGCAGCCGCCGUAAAGUGUGUUCCUGUAAGAAAGGCUGGACAGGCACUCGGUGUGAGACUGCAAUAUGUGCACUGCCUUGUUUGAACGGAGGGAUUUGCUCGUCGCCGGGUAAAUGUACUUGUCCGGAUGAUUAUCAAGGAUCGAGGUGUCAAAAAGCUGUGUGCAAACCGAAAUGUCGACGAGGUGGCAAAUGCAUUGGACCUGGAAUAUGUCUUUGUCGGGCAGGUUUUGCCGGAUCCAAUUGUGAACUUCGUUUGUCGUCGUCAUCCGGUGAGAAUAAGAGAAGAAACCGAAAGAAAACCAAUUCGGUCGGUAAAGCCAAGGCGAUUUUUCUCGAGACGUGAAAAGAGGAUUUUUAACUUGUUUUAUUUACUCGAUUUAUUUUCUUCGUAACUGACUCGCCAUUUUUUGUCCACCCAAUAUGUACCAUUGUACCGAGUCUCGAACGUAUUUAACUUGCCAUCACGUCAAUUUUAACACUAUGAUUGUAUGAUUAGCUGGGACUAGGCUGAAUGUAGUAGCCCAGUUUGCUCACUGCCAUCUGUACAGUACAUUUUUUAAUAUUUUUAUUUUCGCCCUAUACGAAAUAGUGGACCUAAAAAAUGUCGCGACUUGCAUCACAAUAAAUAACUGUUUCAUUUCUA